AUGGCCGAUAAAAGUUAUGUUAUUUCACUUCUUGGUUGUGCCAAUCUCAUCGAGUUGACAUUAGUUGCUGGUGAUUUUGUUGCCGUAUGUCUCACAUCAACUGGUUAUACUCAACUUGCCGAUUCUCAUUCGAACAUUAUUAAAUAUAAUGUGACUCCGACAUAUGGUAUCGAUUCGACGGCAUUUUAUGAUAUCGAUGUUUAUACGACCAAACAAGCUGAUCAAGUCAUUUUAAUAAUUAUAUUUGGUUUAACAUUAUUUUCAUUUCUUGCUCAUAUUAUAUUUAGCCUUCGUUAUCGAUACUCAUGGCAUAGACUGUCGAUUGGCGUAGCUUUCUUAUGUAUUAUCUAUGCAUUUACUCUGUUUGGCAUGUCAGUUGUUGUUGCUUGUUGGGAAGAUAAAUUGAGAAAACGAUUAACUAGUACAUAUCUAAAUAACCAAGCAAUUGUUAUGCCAAAUCGUUAUGUCAAACCGCAAACUGGUUCAGCUGCUGCUGCAGCAACAUUUGGGUUUGCUGCAUGUCUCAUAUAUCUUGCCGAAGCAUUAAUAAGAUUUCGCCAUUUAGCCGAUAAGAUUCAACUGUAA